AUGGUUUUCUUGGUGAUUGUGUGGAAGCGUACAAAUAUGGUAGCGGCAUAUGGCUUUACCGUUGACCCUCGCCACAGAGAUAUAGAAGACCAAAAGGAUUCAAGAGGGAAACAGAAAAAUGGGGCUGGUGGUCUGACGUUAGUAGGUGCACAAAUCUCUAGAAGACCAGGAGAAUAUCGCACUACAUGA